GUUUUCGAGUUGUUGACGCUGGUGGCGGUGCUUCUGCUUCUGAUGGCAUUUACAUUACACAUUUCUGGUGCCGGUCGUGGACGUCGCGAAACGCAUGAAUAUGAAGUGAAGCGAUUUUCCAAUUUUUUCGAAGUUUUUUGUUGAAAUUUCUCAUUUUAUACGAUGGAGGAAGAGUUUGUUAUAGUGCCAAGCGGAGCACCUGAUUCCUACUGCCGGUUAUGUUUAUCGGAGGCCAAUGUUGAACCUUUGCUGUUAGCAGCGAACCAAUUACUGCAGCCAAAGCACGCAUUGCUGCAGCUCAUUAAACGCUACAUGGAAAUUGACCUUUUGACUUUGGUGGACAGUCCUUGCGGAAUCUGUAGCACCUGUCGGUUGUUAUUGGAAGAAUUUGAGAACUUCCGGGAAAGAUGCCUGCGAUGUGACUUUGUUCUCAACGGGAAACAAAAAGACGAUAUCCAGAAUGGAUCGGAUCUACCGUUCCAGUGUAGCAAAUGUCCGAUCAAGUUUCGCUUCAAGUCGGAGUAUGAGAAACAUUGGAAAUCGUCCCACGAUCUGCCGCACCAUUGCGAUCGGUGCGAUGCCCAAUUUUCAAUGCUGAGCUUGUUGAAAUUUCAUCAGUUCCGAUAUCACGGAAAUCCUAGUGUGGGCAGUCUAAACGUGAGUUGCACGCUUUGCCCAAGGGUCUUCGUCGAUGAUAAGCAGCUGCAGUUCCACACGCAAUUACUGCAUAAUCGAGCGGCAACUGAGGAGGAAUUCGCUCCUCCAAAAAAGAAAAGAAAACUGAACAAGUCGGUAAAACAUAAGCAGGACGGUCAAAGCAAAAAGCCCCUUGAAUGUGAAGUGUGCAAAGCACAAUAUUACUUUAUUGGAUCUUUAAGGCGUCAUUUAAGCGAUGGACAUGGAAUUAUGUUGAGGGCUCCAAUUGGAACGGAUCAGCAAAAGGGGGCUACUGCUGAUCGAGUUGAAAUACGUCAACCAGAGAUUGCAGUAAUAACUGCUAAUUCAUCUGCACCAGUAAUUGUUCCUCCUCCUGUAAUUCCUAGAACCUCGGAGAAUCCGGAAAUAAAAUCUGAGCUGCCAGAUGAUGUUAGCACCACUUGCAGGACCGUUGUUCCUGACUAUGAUCAAAAACCGCUUAUGGACGAUUUAAGCCAAAUGCUCAUUUCCAAAAUUGAAAAAGACGAGGCGAUAGUUUCAUCGGAAAUUCCUCAAUACCAAGUGUUAUCUCCAUUCGUUAUCGCUAUUGAACGGUUGGAUCCUAAUUUAGCUCCACCGGUUCUAAACUACGAAAUUCCUCUUGGGAGGAUUUUUUACGCACAGCAGCAGCAACUACCCGAAUUGAACACCACCGACCAGCUCGACCAAGAAAUUGCGAUGAACUAUCCAUCAUACACGCAACAAGUUAGAAAGCUGUUCGUUUGUGUGAUUUGUCAGCAAAAGUUUACUAAUUCGGGGUCGCUCAAUCUUCAUACGCAGUUCGUUCACCACGGCAUCGCUUACCAGUGCACCGAAUGUGGGAAGCAGUUUGCACUGCGGAGCAGACUCGAGCGGCAUGCCUACGUGCACAGGAGCGAGUACCCUUACAGAUGCGACGAAUGCCCGAUGAUGUUCAUCCAGCAGUACACGAUGAGGAAGCACAAGACGAAAUAUCACGUUCCCGGUGCACCCGCUCAGGUUAUCCGGUUUUGUCCGUACUGCAACCGGGCGUUCAACACGAAGAACUCCCUUCGUGGGCAUAUGGCGCUAAUCCAUCGCAAGCCGUACACGGGCGAUGCGCACGAACAAGCGGCAGCGAUGGAAAUGUGAAUUUGCUUUUUUUUUUGUAUAUCAUUCUAAUGCCAAGUUUGUCAACAUGUUAUCCAAUUAUUUUAUGGAUAUUUAUAUAAAAAAUUGAAGUAUGAAUUAAAAAUUGAAAUAUGAGUUUCCGAUAAAAUGUU